UAAUUUUCGUCGAAACUGAGUUGUAUGCAAGAAGCAAAUUUUCAUCGGUACGAAAAACCAAGGACCUAAAGACCUGAAGGAGGGAAGAUGACAGAGAUUUGACGUUGGCGCCAAAACAUGUCGGCUGUUUGACGUCAUCGGCUACGUCGCGCUGCGGAACUGGCGUCGAUUCAUUCUCGAAAGUUCCGGAAGCUGCUAGAUGGAAAGUUUAUAUAUAUAUGGACUGCGGGGUUACGCGACAGUUCAGUACGUGACCCAGUAGUAUCGAGUGUCCUUUGGCGAGAGAGAUCGGGAAUCGGUGAAUGUUCUUUGUCAAGUUUCGCGAGGACACAAGAAAGAGCCUGGCUUUUGUACUUUUAAGUGUCUAUACACGUGAAACGUGCUUUAAAAAUUCUACUAUCACGAAAUAAUUUAUAUAAAAAAUCAUAGAAGCGAAGUAGAAGGAAAAUGGGGAAGGAUUACUACAAAAUACUUGGCAUAGCCAAAGGAGCGAGCGACGAGGAGAUCAAGAAGGCUUACAGGAAGCUGGCCUUACGAUAUCAUCCGGAUAAGAACAGGAGCCCCGGUGCCGAGGAGAAGUUCAAGGAGAUCGCCGAGGCGUACGAGGUGCUGUCGGACGCGAAAAAGAGGGAGGUGUACGACAAAUUCGGCGAGGAGGGUCUGAAGGGUGGUGCCUCUACUGGCGGAGGCGGGGGAGGUGCCACAUACACCUUCCACGGGGAUCCCAGGGCGACCUUCGCUCAAUUCUUUGGCUCGGCCAGUCCAUUUCACAAUCUGUUCGAGUUCGCCGGGAAUCGCGGCGGGGGCUUCAGCUUCCAUGAGGACGACAUGGACAUCGACAUGGACCCCUUCGGCCUCGGGAUGGGACCACCGCGACAGGGUGGCGCCUUCAGAUCGCACUCGUUCAACUUCGCGAGCCCGAACACCGGCAAGGCUGCCGGCAAGGAUCGCGCCCAGGAUCCAGCGAUCGAGCACGACCUGUACAUCAGUCUGGAAGAGAUUCUGCGCGGCUGCACGAAGAAGAUGAAGAUAUGCAGACGGGCGAUACAGCCAGACGGUAGCACCAAGAAGGAGGACAAACUGCUGACGAUCAACGUGAAGCCAGGCUGGAAAGCCGGCACCAAGAUCACGUUUCAGAAGGAGGGCGACCAGUCGCCGAGGCGGGAACCGGCGGACAUCGUUUUCAUCAUCAGGGAUAAACCUCAUCCGUUGUUCAGGAGAGAAGGCAGUGACAUUAGGUACACGUGUAAAUUGAGCCUGAAGCAGGCUCUAUGCGGCACCAUCGUCGAAGUUCCUACGUUGACUGGCGAGAAGAUACCCUUGAAUCUGACGAGAGAGAUCAUCAAGCCGAACACAGUCAAGAGGUUCCAGGGCCACGGUCUACCUUUCCCCAAGGAGCCGUCGCGAAAGGGUGACUUGCUCGUGUCGUUCGAUAUUAAGUUCCCGGAAAAUCUGACGCAAAGUGCUAAAGAUAUAUUGUAUGACACGCUACCCAAUUGAGCUCGAACAUAAAAUUACGAUUAAAAAGAUAAAAAAACCAGUAUGAUGUAAGAAAAUAUCAGUAAUUGGACAUCUUUAAUCGUCCCGAUCGACGAGAUUAUGAUAUACAUAUACAUAUAUAUAUACACAUACAUAUAUAUAUACACAUA